CAAAAAACAAGGAGUAUAAUGGAAGAUAGCACAAUCCUGUCAAAUUGGACAAGUGACAACAAACAAACAAUGAAGUAUGACUUUUCAUGUGAACUCUACAGAAUGUCCACAUAUUCAACUUUCCCUAUCGGUGUUCCUGUUUCAGAAAGGAGUCUUGCUCGUGCUGGUUUUUAUUAUACUGGUGUGAAAGACAAGGUCAGAUGCUUCUGUUGUGGCCUGAUGCUGGAUAACUGGAAACAAGGAGACAAUCCUAUUGAAAAGCAUAAACAGCUAUAUCCUAGCUGUAGCUUUAUUCAGAAUCUGGUUUCAGCUAGUCUGCAAUCCACCUCUAAGAAUACCUCUCCAAUGGGAAACAGUUUUGCACAUUCAUUAUCUCCUAGUUUGGAACAUAGUGGCUCAUUCAAUGAUUCUUAUUCUAGCCUUUCACCAAAUCCUCUUAAUUCUAGAGCUGUUGAAGACUUUUCUCCUCUGAGGACUAACCCCUACAGUUAUGCAAUGAGUACUGAAGAAGCCAGAUUUCUUACUUAUAAUAUGUGGCCAUUAACCUUUUUGUCACCAUUGGAAUUGGUGAGAGCUGGCUUUUACUACAUAGGACCUGGAGAUAGGAUAGCCUGCUUUGCCUGUGGUGGGAAGCUAAGUAACUGGGAACCAAAGGAUGAUGCUAUGUCAGAACACAGGAGACAUUUUCCCAACUGUCCGUUUUUGGAAAAUUCUCUAGAAAUGCUGAGGUUUAGUAUUUCAAAUCUGAGCAUGCAGACACAUGCAGCUCGAAUGAGAACAUUUAUGUACUGGCCAUCUAGUGUUCCAGUUCAGCCUGAGCAGCUUGCAAGUGCUGGUUUUUAUUAUGUGGAUCGCAAUGAUGAUGUCAAAUGCUUUUGCUGUGAUGGUGGCUUGAGGUGUUGGGAAUCUGGAGAUGAUCCAUGGGUAGAACACGCCAAGUGGUUUCCAAGGUGUGAGUUCUUGAUACGCAUGAAAGGACAAGAGUUUGUUGAUGAGAUUCAAGCUAGAUAUCCUCAUCUUCUUGAACAGCUGUUGUCAACUUCAGAUACUCCUGGAGAAGAAAAUGCUAAACCAAUUGUUCACUUGGGACCUGGAGAAAGUUCUUCUGAAGAUGCCAUCAUGAUGAAUACACCUGUGGUUAAAUCUGCUUUGGAAAUGGGCUUUAGUAGAAAUCUGGUAAAACAGACAGUUCAAAGUAAAAUUCUAACCACUGGAGAGAAUUAUAAAACAGUUAAUGAUAUUGUAUCAGCACUUCUUGAUGCUGAAGAUGAAAGAAGAGAAGAGGAGAAGGAAAGACAAGCUGAGGAAGUGGCAUCAGAUGUUUUGUCAUUAAUACGGAAGAGCAGAAUGGCUCUCUUUCAACAAUUGACAUGUGUCCUUCCUAUCCUGGAUCAUCUUUUAAAGGCCAAUGUAAUUAAUAAACAGGAACAUGAUAUUAUUAAACAAAAAACACAGAUACCUUUACAAGCAAGAGAAUUGAUCGAUACCAUUUUAGUUAAAGGAAAUGCUGCAGCCAACAUCUUUAAAAACUGUCUAAAAGAAAUUGACUCUACAUUAUAUGAGAACUUAUUUGUGGAAAAGAAUAUGAAGUAUAUUCCAACGGUUUCAGGUUUGUCACUAGAAGAACAAUUAAGGAGAUUGCAAGAAGAAAGAACCUGUAAAGUGUGUAUGGACAAAGAAGUUUCUAUUGUGUUCAUUCCUUGUGGUCAUCUGGUAGUAUGCCAGGAAUGUGCCCCUUCUCUAAGAAAAUGUCCUAUUUGCAGGGGUAUAAUUAAGGGUACUGUUCAUACAUUUCUCUCAUAAAAGAAAAA